AUGACCUCCACCAACUUGCCCUUGAUAGUGUUCACCACCGAGAAGAAGCUGCUGGACGACGAUGGUAAGAAGAGCAAGAAGGACGCGAAGAAGCGCAAGAAACGCCCGAUCAGCGCGCUGGUGGACCGUCAGGACAAGUUUGAGGCCGGCUCGAUCAAGGACCAUCGCGAGUUGGUGAAGCUGCCGCCCGAGUUCCGCGCCGUGCCGUGCAAACCGCUGCUGUUCGACGUGGCGUUCAACGAGCUCGAGUUCCCGGACCUGACGGAGCGCACCAAGACAGACGAGGAGAAGGCAGCGGAGGCUGCGGCCGCGGGUGGCAACGAGUCCGGUGGUGGCGGCUUCUUCGGCUGGUUCCGCAAGUAA